CGCUGUUUUUUUUUUUCUCUCAUCGAGAAGUCCUUGCCUAAAUUUGUACUCUGAAUCAGAUAUCUGAGGUAAAACAGCGCUGGGAGCUGGAGUGGAGAAGCGGUGCUGAUGAGACUGGAGAAAAUGCGCGCCUCGGUGCGGUUAUUCAUUCCAGACUAGGCUACUUCAUUUACUGAUGCCCACCGACUUCUGAUGAUGGAGUAGCUGAUUAAAAUUUAAAAUGACAACAGGACACGGACUGCACUAGCAAUACAUUCGUUGCAUUAAACUUUGGUUAGCAGGAGAAGGAGGGACACUCGGGUGACUACACUGCCAGCGUCUGCCGGCGCAGCACCUCAUCAUGUUUGCAUUUGGAAUAGAAGUCCACAUACGGGCUACUGCAUUGUAGAGGGGUCCCAAACAUCACCGAUGAGCGGUUUUGUUCAGAGUUGGAUUAUGUAACGCAAGUACGAUAUUGGCAGCUUUAAAGUAAGCCCAUACAGCUCCACGCAGUAGUUCCCUUCUUGUAUGCUGGAUGAAGAUGAUCACCGUACGGUUUGCAAACAGGGUCAAGCAGCAGCACCCCCGUCCUGCUUGGAGACUGAUCCUCGUGGCGGUGCUCUGGGAAGCUGUGGACUGCAGAGGAGCCUCGGACAACCAGCAGAGGUUCUCGUCGCCUACCUACCUGCCCGUGACCUCCCAGAUCCAGAACUCGGAGUCUUCCUUCUUCUUGAAGGAGGCCGGCCAGGAGCUCAUGAGGAACUCCAGCCUGCAGUCCCGCACCGAGCCCUUCUUCAUCCACCUGGCCGACGGUGUCCCAGUGCUCAACUCCAGCUACGCCAACCUGUCUGUGGAGUGCCCCAUCCCCCUGGAACUGCUGCAGGCCACCCCCCGACUCGUAAGAGACACCAGCCAGCUGACCUUGAACUGGAAAAUCAGGGCGCACAUAGUCAACGAGAAGGUGCUGUUCAGUAGGCCCCGAGUCAAGACCUUGUUCUACUUGGCUGGGAAGAGCUGGGGGGAUUCUGCCCCCCCGGAGAGGCUGCCCUGCGUUAAAGUGUUUGCCUUUCAGGAGACCGAGGAAGUCAUGGCAGGCUGCAGGCUGGCGGGUGAUCUGGGGAUCUGCGUGGCCGAACUGGAACUCUUGUCCAGCUGGUUCGGCCCUCCCUUGGUGGUCCCAGGACGGAAGAAAGCAGCGGAGCAGCUGGAGGGCACCAGCGUGGAACUCUAUUACACCGUGCAGCCCCUGGAUAGGAGCGGAGACUGCAGCGCCGAGGACCCUAGGAAGGGCAAUGCCAUUCGUCCAGGGCAGGCAGAGGCCACGCCAUCCAUGCAGAGGAUUGGUUCGGUCUACCUUUACCAUGCUCAGGAAAGCCCCAGGUUCACGGAGCUCAGGCUGGAUAGUAACGUCAUGAUUCAGGUGCCGCCCAGUCCAGUCAAACAGGGGGAUAUCAUCUCCUUUCGGAUAGGAACAGGGAGCAGCGCGGGUGUGGAGCAGUUCACGUUAAGAGCUCAGUUUAAUCAAGGUGUGAAUUUCCUGAGCCUGAAGCCCAGCAACGCCGGCACGUGGGAUAUUAGACAAGAAUCAGGAAUGGGAAAGUCCGCUGUUUCUGUCCGCUGUCAAAGGAAAAGGACUUCUUCAGGAAACAGAGAGGAGGUCCCAUUCUAUGAGAUCAUGCAAGUGGACUUUGAAAUAGACAGCUUCAGCAGCCUGUUGGCCACUCAGAUGUUCACGUGGCGAGUGGAGUACCCAGGAGCGAGCAUGGCGGGGGAGGCAGUGGACGUGGUUUCCACGCUCUACGUCAGUCAGAAGGAGCUGGCAGGGAUCGUGCCCCUGGCAGAGGACUCUGAAAUUCUGAACACGGCCAUAUUAACAGGGAAGGCGGUAGCCGUCCCUGUAAAGAUCGUCACGGUGGAGGAGGAUGGCACAGUGACGGAGGUGGAGCAGGUGACGGGGUGUCAGUCAGCAGAUGAAGAUGUAGUGAAGGUGACGGAGACAUGCGACUUUGUCCUGGUGAACGGCAAAGAGAUGAAAGGGAAGCUGAACGUCCAGGUGAGCUUCACCUACCUGUACCUGAGUGCUCAGCUGGAAAUGAGCGUGUGGGUUCCCAGGCUGCCUCUGCAGAUCGAGGUCUCGGACACAGAGCUCAGUCAGAUCAAAGGCUGGAGAGUGCCCAUCGUCUCCAGCAAAAGGCCGACCCGUGACAGUGACGACGAGGAGGACGAUGAGAAGAAAGGCAAGGGCUGCACCCUUCAGUACCAGCAUGCCGUGGUGCGGGUCCUGACGCACUUCGUGGCUGAACCCUCGGACCCGGCUGGAGAGCUCCGCUACAUGCUCGGCUCCGACUGGCAGGCAGACAUCACGGAGCUGGUGCUGGACUUCUUCAAGGUGGAGGACCCACGCAUCGCAAAGCUGCAGGACGGCAGGCUGCUGAUUGGAAGGGAGCUUGGCAUCACCACCAUUCAGGUCCUGUCUCCUCUCUCCGAUUCCAUUUUGGCUGAGAAGACUGUGACUGUCCUGGAUGACCGGGUCACGAUCACGGACUUGGGUGUCCAGCUGGUCGCCGGGCUCUCUCUGUCCCUGCAGCCAAGCGCAGGGAGCCACCGAGCCAUCAUCGCAACCACCACCGCACUGGAGCUGCUGCAGACACCCCAACAGGAUGCCAUCAUUAGCGCCUGGAUCCAGUUCAGCGACGGCUCGGUUACACCUCUGAAUAUUUACGACCCCAAAGACUUCACUGUCACCGCGACAUCCUUGGACGAGGCAGUCGUUUCCACCUAUCAAGACUCUCCCAUGAAAUGGCCGGUUAUAAUUGCCGAGGGGGAAGGCCAGGGCGCUUUGGUCAAGGUGGAGAUGGUGAUCUGUGAAGCCUGUCAGAAGUCGAAGAGAAAGAGCAUCCUGGCGGUGGGGAACGGAAGCAUCAAGGUCAAGUUCGGCCAAAAAGAUGCCGAUCAGAUGGGAGGCAGAGCAGACAACGGCCAGGGCGAGGGCAACCUGGAAAACAGUGCCAGCGAUCGCAGGCAGAAGGCAGAAGACAAAGCAGGGCAGGAAGGCUGGAAGUACAACAGCGCCUCUUCCGAUCGGGAGGAAGGAGCCAUGAGGAAAGUCAGCACCACCACCAAGACCACGAUCACCAGCAGAGCGGACGGGAGCAAACUCUCCGGCGGUGGAGGGCAAGUCCAGAACAUCCCAAUAGACUUCACCAAUUUCCCGGCUCAGGUUGACCUGCCGGGAAGCGGCGGGGAGAGCGACCUGUCACAGACCCCGCGGGGCCUGACCGACCUAGAGAUCGGAAUGUACGCUUUGCUGGGCGUCUUCUGCCUGGCUAUCCUGGUCUUCCUCAUCAACUGCGUGACCUUCGCUUUGAAGUACAGCCACAAGCAGGUGCCGGCGGUGGAGCAAGGCAACAUGAACCACGCCCACGACUGGGUGUGGCUGGGGAACGAGGCCGAGCUCCUGCAGCACCACCACUUGGACAAUGCUGCCCAGCAGGACGAGUGCACCACCAUCAUCGACAAGGGAGAGGGGCACGAGGAGAGCAAGUACCUUCUCAACGGGGGGUGCCAGAAGAGCAUUCAGGGCCAGGUUCACAGGCCUGCCGAUCCGGGAUGCAACGGGAAAGACCUUCGAAAGGACCCCGUGAACUCCUCGACCUCCAAGCGGAAGCAGGUGAAGUUCACCUCUUUCGCCACUGUUCUUCCAGAUGCAGGCAGCAGCCCGUACAGCAGCUCCGUGUUAAUAGGCAACGAAGAUAACAUCAAGUGGGUGUGUCAGGACAUGGACCUGGGACAGUCGACAGAAAUCAGAACCUAUAUGGAGAGGCUACAAGACAAUCUGUAAAAAAAAAAUAAUAAAAAAAAAACAGGAGGAGACUGCUUGUGUUUUUAACUCACCUUUAUGCCUUCAUUUCUGAACCGGGAGGAGGUGGAGAGGUGGGGGGAGCGAUGUAUUGAGUCAGCAAUAGAAGUUUUGCAUGAACAAUGCACAGACUGACAGACCCUGAGUAAAUGGAGUGGCAAUUAUAAGUUGUCAUGGAAACACAUUGAAGGGACAGGUGAACAUUUAUUGUAGUGCAGAUGGGAGAGCUGAAGAUACAGAGCCGCACAUGAAGAAGCGUACAGAGCCACUGAAUGGAAAAGCAUACACUGUACUGUACAAGCAGGCAUAGUCACCGCGGACUGGUAAUGACUGGGAGGGAGGCCAAGUGAAGCUGUCAAAAAACACUCUUAAUACUUGUACUGGAACUUUGGACACCUUAAGGUUUUUGUCACUUAAAAGUACCCAUAAUAAAAUGGCAAUUCCUUACAAUAGACAAGAGGAACAUUGUUACAGUUAAUUCCAUGGAGCUCAUCUUCAGACCCCAUUGUUAUCGUUUUAAAGGCCAAAAUAA